CGUAAAAAUAAACAACUUCUAUCCACCUACUUCAUUUCACAAGGAGAAAAACUGUCUCAUCCGAGUGCCUAACGCGAGGUUUUGUUUCUCUCCGGUGAUAAGGAGUGAGGAUGCUCUAGUAGAGAGGGUAUAUAUAGGGAUUUCACUCUGAUUCAUAAUUCGUAUAUGUCCUCGUGGCUGCGACCAGUGACCACCAUGAAAUUUUUGAUAGUUGCCUUAGCUGUAAUUGGCUCAACCUUGGCAGUCCCUCAGAGGAGGCCACAGGAAUACGAUGACCAGGGAGCGCAACAACAGCAACAACCACAGCAGCACUUUCCAGAAAGGCAACAGUACCAAGGCAACGAGAGGAGUACCACCUUCAUCCCGAUAAUCAGGUUCGACAAGGAGCAGAGUGAAGAUGGAAGUUACAAAGCUGCGUACGAAACCGGAAAUAACAUAAUCGCAGAAGAAGAGGGCUACCUGAAGCCUUUAGGCCUAGACCCAGACGCGGAAGGCCAGUUCCUGAAUGCACAAGUACAACAAGGGUCGUACUCAUACACCUCUCCGGAAGGACAAAUCAUCACUGUCAAUUACAUUGCUGACGAGAAAGGAUUCCAUCCUUCAGGGGACCAUCUUCCUACUCCUCCACCCGUCAGUCCUGAGGUACAAAAGGGACUGGACUUGAUAUUCGCUGGCAUCAGGGCACAACAGGAGGCUGAUGAGCGAGAAGCUAGGGAAAACCCACAAGGGCUGAGAAAGAGGGAAGACAGGGAUCCUGAUUAUAACGGACAGUACCGGCCACAACAGUGAACGGUUCUCUGUGAUCCUGUAUAUUUCAUAGACUGAAUUCAAUUUCAUCAUCUUCAUCAUUGAUGUACAAUUAGAAAUAUGCCUAUGUAAAAUUUCUGCACGCAUUUUUUUACCUAGAAGUAUGUUGAAACAUACAAUUACGAUAAUUUUAUAACUAUGUACGUUAUAAGUAUCACCUCUGUUACAAAUCUUCGUUUGAAAUAACUAUUUUGAGUAAACAGUAUUUUUUUCUGUGAUUGCGAUUUAUUUAAUUUAUAUCUCACCACUAUCGUUAAUAGUACCGCCUGAAGUGAAGAGUAGAAGUAUAUUCGCCCUAUCGAAAGAAUCAAUUUAUAAAAAAUAUUUAGAUAUCAGCUAUUGGUAAAAAUUUG